UCGCUGGAGCCCAGAAUCACUCGGAAGUUCACUUCUCAAAUUCACUGAUGUUUCCAUCGUCGUAGCAACGAUUACGAAGCAAGAACAUGGGUUCCCAUUUUAGGGUUUCUGCUACACUCCUCUUUCUCUUGAUCACUCUCCUUUCCUCCUCGGCGCAGGCAUUUUCUGAAGAAGAAUCAUCUUUGCCGGAGCUCUCGUUGAGAGUGUCAACAUCUUUCUCAAUCGCACUCGCCAAUCUGCAAAAUCAGAUCAACUACACAUUUAAGAGAUUUGGAUUGCUGCGACGAGCAAUGACGCACUCCUCCUACUCUGAGGAGAACAACAAGGCUCUAAGCGUAUUGGGGGAAAGUGUCAUUCAAACCUCUGUCGCGUUGCAAUCGAUAAGGAAAGAUGUGGAUAUCUCUGCCAAGGAUUUGAACCUUGCGAUUGCUGAGGCGGCUAAGGUGGAGGGCUCCUGCAAUGCUGAUGGGAUCCGGCUUGGUUUGCAGAACGUUGUGAGGGUCGCGAGCAAGACCAAUGCCACAGCUCCUGCUGUGGUCUGUGGUGCGUUCCGUGCUCUUUUUGGGGCAAUUGCCAUUGAUUCUGGGAGCUCAGAUGUGGCCGGGGAGGUCUAUGGGAAAACUCGCAGUGGAGUUUGGAGCGUGGUAACAUUGUAGGUAAAGGUUGUUGAUGCUAGUAUCUGUUUAAUACCAUUACCAAUGGUGUAUGCUUUAUGUGUUUGAAUUAAGUAGUGUUAUGUGUAUAUUACUUGACUCUGUGUUUUGAGUAUUUCGUGGUGAAAUGACAACGGUGGCUUUGCUGAGGGCUGGACUCUCUAGCCUUUCAGUUGUCUUAUAAA